UCAGCAGCUAUGAGAUGUUGCCACCGCAUCCAGGUAGAUGGAGUAUUACGGGGCGUUGUCCAAUUCAUCGCGAAAUCCGUAAUAGUGACAAAUAUUAUUAACAGUUCAACCCGAAUGCGUUUCUUCGUCAACAAAAUACUAACACGCUUUCUUUUGUAACUUUUCUUGUUAAGAUCCAGCUCAGAAAUUCACAUUUGACGAUCACAAACAAUUUUCCCUGUCUUCGACUGUCAACUCAUAGCUUGUUUCUUUACCUACCUCUGCGUAUUCACAAGCGAGACGAAAUGGAGCCUCAGCAGGAGUCCUUGGCCAACCAAGCCCCCGACUCUCAUGUAAAUCUUGUUGAUGGAUCUCAACAGGAUCAUGUCAUGACAUCUCCCCGAAUUGAAGCGUUUAGCUCUAAUGAACUACCGGAUAUGGAGGAUGACACGACGGGCAUAGAGUCUCAUAACUAUGUUGGCGAUGGCGAGACCCCAGCACCUGUCAUCAUGACAUCUCAGCCUUGUGCGACGGCCAACUCAAGUGAUCUACCAGCUGUGAGUAAUUAUACUAUAAAUGAAGAGAUAGAGAUGGAGGAUGCUGCUCCGCUUCGAAAGACAUCCCAUAACAGCACAUCUCUGGCACCUAUCUUGCCUCGUUUCUCCAAUCCACCAGAGCACGAUGACAGCCAUGGCGACAAGAUGGAUUUGGAUAGCUAUAUCGCGGCCCAGAAAGACUGUGAUAAUACCGGAAGCUAUCCCACUACACCCCGGCAUCAACCGAAGAGCUUUCGAACACCAACACUUUCCCGCGUAUUGACUCCUCGACAAGUUGAACGGCACGGUGGCCAUGUCACCACUUCAACAGUCACCCAAGCAUCCACGUUCUGCAACCCCAGCAUAGGCGAAGGAAUCCCCAGUGCACCGAAACGACGUUGGUCUCCCUCGCUUCUGGAUGACUUAGCCGAUCAGCUGGACGCCUCAGUCCCAACGGACAUCCAACGCGAAUAUGUCUUCUCUAACCUAAUCGACAAGCUAACACGGGCCUGGAGAGAUGUCCUCGAGCUCUACGGGAUGCGUCUUGGACUCACAGAAGCCUUCAACACGCCCUUCGUCCCUGACGUCGACACGAUCCGAGAAAACGCCAUGCGCUGGUGGGCACCUCUCGACGAAAUCGCCGACGCAACUGAGUCAGAGCUGCUAGAGCAGUGGCAACACCGCUGCAGACGAGUGAUACGUAGAUACCAAACCGACAUGCGACGCGACCUCGUCGCAGAAGCCCGAGCCAAAGCCCGUGGCAUCAGAGACCAAGUCCUAGCUUCUGCUGCCUUGAUCCGAGACCAGCCGACAUCUAACCCGGAUUCCCCGCGCACACCAGCUCGUCUUCGGAUCCCCUCCACUCCAGCUUCUCGCUCUCAUAUGUUUGCCCUCCCGCUCUCCCUCCCCAAUACCCCCGAUAGCAAAAAACGGCCUGCGCCGCUCGAUGUCGAUGCGUUGCGCUCGCAUAUCGAGGGUCUUAGUCUUGGCGGGGUGAGGGCUAAUGAUGGUAACGGCUUUGAUAAUCCACGUACACCGACGAGCACCAAACGGUUCAAGCGAAAUGGCUUGGAUGCAUCAGUGUCGAGGGAGCCGUUGGCGCUGCCGAAGGGAUUGACUACGCCGGCGCGGAGACGAGUUGGGUUCCGUGAGAUACCGCCGUUAACACCGACAAGGCCGUGGCGGAGAGCGAGGGUGCCGACGCCGAGGGCUGUUGAUGAGGGGGAGGAAGAUGUGGAUAUGGAGGGGGAGGCUGAGGGGCAGGUUGUGGGACAUAUUGGACCGUAUCCUGUGAUGGAACCGCCGAGUCAGGUGGAGGUUGAGGAUGAGGCUGAGGCUGGGACUGAUUCUGGGGCUGAAGCUGAUGUUUCCGGUGAGGGAGAUGAUGAAGAGGAGGAGGAGGGGGGAGAUGAAGAGGAGAGUGUAGAUGGGGAUGGAGAUGAGGACGAGGAUAUGGAGGACGGCGAUGAUGUGUUUACCUCGUGUAAAUGAUCGCUUUGCUACAUACACACCUGAGAUCGGGCUAGUUCAGUGGCGUCAUAGGCAGAGAGGGGGUUUCCGUUUGUAUUUUCUUUUUACG